AUGAUAGAACUAAAACGAAGCCAGUAUGUCAUUCCAUCACCUUAUAGAAGAACAACAUGGCAAGGACUACCUCUUGCCCAACUACCUAAAAGAAUUGAAACAAAACCAUUAUCUAGUGGAAUAACACCAUCACCAUUAUCUUUAUUAAAAAAAGAAGAUGUUGAUGAAGUGAAUGAAAAAAAAGAACCAAGACCAUCAAAUGUUAAUGUUACUAUUACACAAGAAACAGUAUUUGUAGCUGUAAAAGAUAGAACAGGAAAAUAUUAUGGAUAUGCUAUGAAUGUUAAUGAUAUUGGAACUUCUAUAAUUGAGACAUGUAAAAGUAAUGUUUAUAUUAAAGGAGAUUAUGCAUUAGUAUUACCUAAUUUAAGUUAUAGGGUGUUUGAUGAAGACUCUCGUAAACCACUUAAAGACUUAAAAUUUGUACAAGGAUGUCAAUAUCAUGGUAUAGUUCCAUACUUUUUCCUUGUAGAAAGAAAGGCAGUUAUUCAAUACGCAUCAGUAGAAUCAGUUGGAGAAUAUUUAUUACAAUCAACAUUAAAAUAUGAAAUUAUUGGUAAUAACUUUGUUGGAUUAUGUAGAAAUAUUGGAGAUGAAUUUUAUAAAUUUAGAAGAGCUUUAGCAACUGUUUGUGGUAAAGAAGAAGAAAAUAAAAAGGAUUUAGAUAUAUAUUUAUCAGAAGAAAAUGAAUAUGUUUAUUGUGGUAAUGAACCUCCUAUUCAAGAUCUUACAAAAAAAUUAAUUAUGAAAGGGUAUUUAUUUGAACAAAAAAUGGAUAAAACAAUUUCUCAUUUACCUACUGAUACUGUUGAAAAUGUUAUUUCUGCUUUAUUUACUAAAUUCACUACUACUAAUCAAGCUGCAUUUGCUGCUACAGAAAAAGCUGAAGAUUUUGUUUUAAAAGUAAGAGGAUUACAUGAAUUUUUAAUUCCAAAGAAAAAAGAUGGUUCGUUAUAUCAAUUAUGUGAAUUUGAUUAUAUCAGAAGAUGUGUUAUGAAACAUGAAAAGAUUGAUUUAUAUCUUGCACCAAGAAAAAUGUUACAUCAAUUUAUUGGACCAUUAAAUCCUAUUGACGUUAACUUUACUGGGGUUUAUAAUUCAUUAUUAUCUCAUGACUUAUGGGAAAAAGUAGAAACAGAAAAAGCUGGACAAAGUCAAAAAAGUAUUGAACGUAAUUAUUUCAUUACAUUAAAGAAAUUAAGUAAUUGUGUUUAUUAUAAACCAUUACCUCAAAAGAAAAAUAAAGAAAAUAAAGAUGAUAUUCCUGUACAAGAAUAUCAAAAUAUUGUUAGUUUUAGAGCUUAUGUUACUGCUGCAUUAUUCCUUGGACCAAGACAAUUAGGAAAAAUGGUUGUUACACCAGUAUUUCAAGUUAAUAAUAGUAUGGCUACAUUAGAUAAUGUAAUGGAAUUUGAUUUACCAAUAAAAAUUCUUCCAAAAGAAACUAAACUUGUUAUUGGAGUAUUUCAAACUGAAGAACAGAUUGGAGUUAAUAUCGAACAUCUUGAAAAGAAAGAAAAAAAUAAAGAAAAUCCUAUUGGAACUAUUAACUGUAAAGUCGUUGAUCACAAUGGGAUGUUACUUAUGGGAAAUGUUCAAUGUGGAUUAUGGGAAUUAUCAGCUCCAAAUUUCAUUUCUAUGUGUUCAGAAAAUAUUGGAGAACGAGCUAUUUAUCUUACUUUUACAUAUCCAACAUAUGAUGUACCUGUAUUAAUGGAUGCAUUUAAUGAUGAUAAUAUUAAAAGUGAUAAUCAAGAAAAAGAGAAAUUAACUGCUGAAGAAACAAAGAAAUUUAAAGUUGCAUUAGAAUCAAAUCCAUUACAAAAAUUAACAGAAGACGAAAUGAAAUUAAUUUGGAAAUUAAGAUAUACAGUCAAGAAAACUAAACCAAAAAAUCUUUCAAGAGUUGUUGCUGCAGUUGAUUUAACUGAUGUACAUGCAGUUGCAGAAUUACAUAGAUUAAUAUCUGAUUGGCCAUUAUUAGAACCACAAACAGCUAUUGAAAUGUUAGACUUUAAAUUCCCAGACCAAAGAGUAAGAGAUUUUGCUUUAAAAUGUCUGGAUGCGAUGGAUGAUGCAGAAUUAAUUAUGUUCCUUCCACAAUUAAUUCAAGCACUUAAAUUUGAAUUACAUCAUAAUAGUGAAUUGGCAAUGUUCUUAUUAAGAAGAGCAUUAAGAAAUAAAAAUAGAAUUGGACAUCAAUUCUUUUGGUUCUUAAAAGCAGAAUUACAUGAUAAUAGAGUUACUGAAAGAUAUGGAUUAUUAUUAGAAGCAUUUGUAGGUGCAUGUGGUAAAUAUCAAAUAGAAUUAUAUAAUGAAGUUAAAUUCCAAUUAGAUCUUAUCGAUAUUGCUAAUCACGUUAAAACACUUGCAACUAAAGAUGAACAAAAACAAUAUAUGUUUGAGUCAUUAGCUAAAUUAAAAUAUCCUGACAAUCAAGCAUUACCAAUUGAUUCUAGAAUGAGAUUUACAAGACCAGUACCAAAUAGUGGAAAUGUAUUUAGUAGUAAGAAAAAGCCAUUACUAUUAAUACUUCAAAAUUAUGAUCCAGCAGGUGAUGACAUUAGAGUAAUUGAAAAAGUUGGAGAUGAUUUAAGACAAGAUAUUUUAACAUUACAAAUAUUACGUAUUAUGUAUACUAUGCUUAAAAAUGCUGAAUUAGAUAUUAGAAUGUUACCAUAUCAAUGUAUUGCCACUGGUAAUGAAACUGGUAUGUUAGAACUUGUUAAAGAUUCAGAAACAUAUGGUAAAAUUAUUGCAGAUGAUGGAAGAAGAUUAGCAGUUACUAAGAAUGAUGUGUUAACAUUGUGGAUGCAAAAACAAUGUGCUAGACCAGAAAGUAAAGUUACUUUUGAACAAGCAGUAGAAAAUUUUGUUCAUUCAUGUGCAGGAUAUUGUGUUGCUACAUAUUUACUUGGUAUUGGAGAUAGACAUAGUGAUAAUGUUAUGGUAACAAGAAGUGGUGUAUUCUUCCAUAUUGAUUUUGGACAUUUCCUUGGUAAUUUCAAGUCAAAAUUCGGAGUAAAGAGAGAAAGAACACCAUUUAAAUUUACACAACAUUAUGCUGAUUUAAUGGGAUAUAAAGAUGGUGUUGAAAGUAAAGAUUUUAAAGAGUUUAAAGAAUUAUGUUCAUCUGCAUUACUGUCAUUAAGAAAACAAGGAUCAUUAUUUAUUUAUUUGUUUAGAUUAAUGCUUGCUACUGGUAUUCCAGAAUUAAAAAAUGAAGAUGAUAUUGAAUAUAUGAAAAAUGCAUUCAUGUUUGAUGAAGAUGAUCAACAAGUUAAGAAAAACUUUGACAAUAUGAUUUAUCAAUGUCUUGAUGCAUGGUCUCAAACAUUAAAUGAUUUGAUCCAUGAUAUUGUCCAUUACAAAUAA